AUGGAGCAGGAGCCGGAGGGUGUCUUUGCGCUUCAGCUGGAUGAGCAGGAGCCCAAGGGCACGCCCUCACCCGAGCCCAACAGCACACCGGGAUGCUCCACUCCCAUCAAUAGGCUGAACAGCGACAUUGCGAUCGAGCGCCGUGUCAUUCCGCUGCUGGAGUACCACGACGACUGCUGUCCCGUCUGCUUGGAUGAAUACACGACCGAAGACCCCGGGGCGCCCACGUGCAUCAUGCAAUGGGCGCAGCGCAGCCGCGAGUGCCCGCUCUGUUUCAAGAGCCUGCAGCUGGAGGACACCGACAUGAACUCGCUGCUGCCCUUUGGUGAGUACAUAUCACCGCAGCAGCGCGCGGCGGAGGCCGCCUCUCUAGAGACUUGGGACCUGGAGCGGCUGCUGGUGCGCCUGGCCGCCGCCGGCCACCGCGAGCACCGCAGCCACCGCUCGGCGCGGCAGCACGGCGGCGGCAGCAGCCGGCACCGGCGGCAGGGCUCGCGCGGCGAGGCGUCGGCGCCGCAGCCCAUCGCGGCCGCGGGCGGCGCCGGCGGCGCCUGCGUCGCGGCGGUGCGGUGGGCGCUGCCCGGCGAGGGCGCCGCCACAAGCAGCAGCGUGGCGGCGGCGCCGGCAGCGGACAAGUUUGAGAAGACGACCAAGGAGCUGAAGAGCCUGUUCUCCCCCGGGGCCAGCGGCAGCGGCGGCGGCAGCGCGCGCGGCGGCGCGCCCGGCGCCAGCACCAGCCAGCAAUAA